UCCCAAACCCUGACUCAUCAUUUCUCUCUCUGUUUCUUCAGUUACCUGUUAGUUUUUAUUUUUAUUUUUUUUGUGCCCUUUCACCUGAAGAAUGGCGGCUAAACGGCUUCCUAGUGAAUCUUGUUCCGACCAAGAUGAGCCAAAUGAGAAACGAAUGAGACCUAGACCUUCUUUGGCAUCUGUGAUUGGGGAAGCUGUUAUGGUGAAUUACUUGUGUACAGCCUUGGAACCAGUCCUUCGAAGAGUGGUGAAUGAAGAGGUAGAGCGCAGUCUUGGACAACGACUCCGUUCCUUCAGCAGGUCUCCAUCUCUUCGAAUCCAAGCACCGGAACCAUCAACCCUUCAGCUGAUCUUCGCUAAAGGUCUUUCCCUACCAAUCUUCACCGGAAGCAAGAUCACGGAUGAAGAAGGCAACCAGCUUCAAGUCGUUUUGGUUGAUACGAGGGGAGACCAAAUGGUUCCGGUGCUUCCCCCCAGCCCAAUCAAAGUAGACAUCGUCGUUCUGGACGGGGAAUUCCCAGCGGGAGACGGUAACAAUUGGACGAGCGAAGAGUUUGACAGGAACAUCGUGAGGGAGAGAACUGGGAAACGGCCUUUGCUCACCGGAGAGUUGGCAGUCACGGUGAGGGAUGGGGUUGCUUCCAUCGGAGAGAUCGAAUUCACCGACAAUUCGAGCUGGAUUCGAAGCCGGAAGUUCAGGAUUGGUGCGAAAGUUGCACAAGGGAGUUUCCAAGGCGUCCGCAUUCGAGAAGCCAUGACCGAAGCUUUUGUUGUCAAAGACCAUCGUGGCGAAUUGUACAAGAAACACUAUCCCCCAAUGUUAGACGAUAAGGUUUGGCGUCUAGAGAAGAUCGGAAAGGAUGGAGCAUUCCAUAAAAAGCUAUCCUUUGAGGGUGUGAACACAGUGCAAGAUUUCUUGAAAUUGUCAGUCGUUGAUCCAGCCAAGCUUAGAAGGAUUUUAGGUCCUGGAAUGUCUGAGAAAAUGUGGGAGGUCACAAUCAAGCACGCCAAAACUUGCGUUUUGGGUAACAAAAAUUAUGUUUUUAGGGGCCCCAAUUAUACAAUCUUCUUGAAUCCGAUCUGUCAACUCAUGAAAGCAGAGAUUAAUGGGAGUAUAUAUCCUACUCACAACCUGAGUAACAUGAACAGAGCAUAUAUUGAAAAUUUGGUCAGACAAGCAUAUGCAAAUUGGAAUACAUUGGAAGAGAUAGAAGGAGUUUCCCAUGAGAUUGGCCUGCUCACACAAGGUGAUGAGCAUAUGGCAGAUCAAUAUCCCAAUCAUCAACAAAUCACGGUGAGAUCGUUUCAACCAAAUGGGUAUUUGACGGGUGGAUCGAUUGAGGGAUAUAUGCCAAACGAACUGCGGGGAGAUGGCAGCAAUUGGCAAGUAAGUCAGGCGUACUUAAACACCUCAAACGAAAAUGGCUUCCGAUUAAACAUCUUGGAGUCUACUUCCGAUGAGGAUUUGACAUCUCCAAGAUCAUUUAUCACAGGUGGUUAAUGGUGAAUACUGAAUUAAUGUAUAGAAGCAAACUAGUCCAUUAGGGAGAUGUCAUCUGCUUUGAGACAGCCGUUUAAGCAUUCAGCAUGUAUAAAUGUAGGCAGAUAAGGCGCAAAUGCAAUUUCCGUACCUGCCAUGCAUCUUUUAACCAAUUCUAUCUUUCUAAGCUACUGUAUACUUCCCCUGUAAAUAUAUAAAUAAUCACAACACAAGGAAAUAUCCAGUGCCGAGAGGCACAGUGAAAAUGUCCUUGAAGCAUUUCCAAAUUG